AUGUCUCGGAUUCCGCAACUGUUUAGAUUUUCCACAUUUGGAUGUUCCAGCUUACUAGCUACUAAUCCGAAAAAGCAAGCACUACCAAUAACGACAUUAAGGCAUCAUGGAGACUUCGAGUAUAAGGAUCCUAAAUCUGAAGACGAGGUUGUGAACAUAACGUAUGUCCUCCGUGAUGGGACGAAAAAGAAGACUAGAGCAAAAGUGGGUGACAACGUGAUGUAUCUUGCUCACAGGUAUAAUGUCGAACUAGAAGGUGCUUGUGAAGCAUCAUGUGCGUGUUCUACGUGCCACGUUUAUGUCGACGAAGCAUAUUUCGAUAAGUUAGACGAACCGAAGGAGGAGGAGGACGAUAUGCUCGAUCAGGCUCCAGCAUUACGUCCAAAUUCUCGCCUAGGAUGUCAGAUUAUAUUGCGAAAGGAUCUCGAUGGGAUUACCGUAACUCUUCCACCUAUUACGCGUAACUUCUACGUGGACGGGCAUGUUCCUCAGCCUCACUAA